AUGAAACAUCGGAACGUUAAUAAUGGUGGUAGUAAUAGAAGUACGAUUCAAUCUGUAUCAACUUCUAUUCUACCACCAUUAUGUUGGUCAUCAAUAAGUUUAAUAUGUCAUCUUAAAAGUGAACAUUAUUUAAAAUUUAAAAAUUGUCUUCAUAGUCAUUGGAAAUGGUCUCAAACAAAUAAAAUUCAUUCUACAACAAUAUUACUUGAUAAUAAUAAACAAAUAUUAUUUCAUCCAAGAACAAGUUCAUCAACACAAGUUAUUCUUGCUGAUAGACCAUUGCCAUUAAAUGGUAAACAUUAUUGGGAAAUCUAUGUGCCUGCUGUUUAUGGAACAUCAAUUAUGUUUGGCAUUGCAACUAAUGAACAACAAAUGUUUUCAUCUACAUUUACAAAUCUAAUUGGAAUUGAUCAACAUGGUUGGGGACUAUCACAUCAUGGUUUAUUAUGGCAUAAUGGAAUAUCAUAUUCAUAUUUAUCUAAACCAAUGGAAUCACUUCAACCUGUUUUAAUUGGUUUAGAAUUUGAUGCUGAUGCACGAACACUUUCAUAUAUAAUUAAUAAUCAAUCAAUGGGCAUUGCAUUUCGUUGUAUACCAACAAAUGUAUUAAUUUAUCCAGCUGUAUCAUCAACAAGUGCACAAAGUACAAUGAUUCUUAAACAUUGUUGUAAGAUAUGUUCAUCUUUACGUGAACUUUGUUUAAAAUUAAUUAAAUCAUCUAAAUUGAAAGAAAAUAUUAAUAAUCAAUUGUUACCUCGACAUUUAAUUGAACAAUUGAUUAAUGUACUUCUUCGUGAACAUAUAGUUAAAAAUACUGAUGCAAGACAUAUGCUUGUCUCGGAAUAUGAUAUUCUGGAUAAACAAAAACCAGUAUCAUUUUGGAUGCGAGAUCUUACUAUUCCACAAUGGCUUUUAUUAGUUUUAGUUUCAUUGACUAUAAUCGUAUUUACAGCAUUUGCUUUAUUUACAGCCAUUGUUACAUUAAAGAAAGAAACAAAUGGUGGUCCAUGUAAAUCAAAUACAGAUUGUCGUCGUGAUCUUGGUUUAAUUUGUAAUAAUUAUCGUUGUGGUUGUGCUUAUUCACAUUUUUGGAGUGAUUCAUAUAGUAUCUGUGAACGAAGACGAAUGGUUAAUCGAACAUGUUAUAAUGAUUCUGUAUGUGAUGUAUUAGCAAGUUUAGAAUGUCAAAAUGCUACACUAACUAGUGGCAGUAUUGAAUUUCAAUGUCGAUGUAAAACUUCAAUGUCAUGGAAUGGAUAUACUUGUGUUUAUCAAAGUUUAUAUAAUACAUCAUGUGUUCAAAAUGCUAAUUGUGAUACAAGUCGAUAUUUAUUUUGUAAUUCAACAUUACAACUUUGUCGUUGUAAUUCAUCUAUGUUUUGGAAUGGAGAUUCAAAAUCGGGUACAUGUGAAUAUAAACGAACUGUUAAUCGUUAUUGUUAUCCAUAUGAUGAUAGUUGGUGUGAUGAUACAGGUCCUCUAGGUCAAGGUCUUGUCUGUACUCAAUAUUCAAAUCCUUAUGGAGAUGAAUAUGGUGUAUGUCAAUGUUCCACACAUAAAUUUUAUAAUGGUAGUGCUUCAUUAGGUAACGGAUUUUGUGUACCACAUCAUGUUUAUAAUGAAUCGUGUACAUCAACAUCUCAAUGUGAUUAUCGAAUUAAUUUAUCAUGUUCAAAUAAUCUUUGUGUAUGUCCAUCAGGUACAAAUUAUGAUUCUUCUAUUAAUAGUAGUGGUGUUAUGGGUUAUUGUAAAAUUGCUGCGGGUUAUAUGGAAAAUUGUACAGCUUCUUUAAUAUGUAGUACAUCACAAAAUCUUUUUUGUAAUUUAUCAUAUUAUGGUGGAGUAAAUAUAUUUGGUGUAUGCCAAUGUAAUAGUUCAUGGUCAUAUUGGGAUGGUACAACAUGUGCAAAAAAAUUAUCAAUUGGUGGACAAUGUUCAAUUAAUACACAAUGCAUUGAAGCAGAUGGUCUAUUUUGUAGUAAUUAUACACAAUCAAUAGGUACAUGUGAUUGUGAUAAAGAUCAUUUUUGGAAUUAUACAUGUAUAACUAAACAAUGGUAUAAUACAACAUGUUCAUCAUCUUAUGUUUGUGAUGAUAAUCGUGGUUUACAAUGUCAAGGUCUUGGUGGUAGUAUGUUUCAAAAAUGUGAUUGUUAUAAUACAAGUUAUAUUUGGGAUUCAUUAUAUGUUACAAAUCGAUCAUAUACAUGUAUACCGAAAUUAACAAAUAGUCAAUCAACAUGUUUUGGUGAUCUUGAAUGUGAAGAUUUUAAUUAUUUAGUAUGUAAUAAUGGUACAUGUGGAUGUUAUUAUACAGAUUAUUGGGAUGGUAGUCGAUGUCAACCUAAAAGAAAUUAUACAGAUCCAUGUUCAAAUACUACACAAUGUCGAGAUUUUAGUCCAGUUAAUUUAAUAUGCCGUUCUGGUACAACUGUACCACCAGCAUUACAAUGUCUUUGCAAUGAAACAUCUUAUUGGGAAGAAUGUGUUCAAGCAUGUCUUAUUUCGAAAAAACGUCAUGAAUCUUGUACACUUGUUUCGAAUUGUACAAGUAAUGAAUGUGAUAAAGCGGCAAAUUUACAAUGUAUGAAUGAUAGUGUUUCAAAUAUAACUGGAUCUGGAUGGUGUAACUGUACACAAUUACAAUGGUGGAAUGGAUCAUAUUGUCGAAAUAAAGGUACACCAGCUUGGGGUGUAAAUGCAAGUGAUAUAUGUAAUGCAUCAUAUCAAUGUGCAGAUUACAAUUUAGUUUCUUGUCCACUCAGUACAACAUGUGAAUGUGCAACAACUAAAUACUGGGAUGGUACUACAUGUCAUGAUCGAGUAUUAUAUGGUGAGUCGUGUAUAAAAUGGACUAACUAUCCAGUAAACACAACGACAUGUUUAAAUGCUGCUGGUGCUGGAUUACUUUGUAGUAGUUCAAUUUGUAGUGGAGGAGAAUGUACAGGUGGUACUUGUUAUUGUCCGAGUGGCACAACUUGGAAUGGAACAUUUAGUAUGUGCUAUACUCCAAGCACUGGAUAA